AUGCCUGCCUUCUUUGCCGGCCAACCAGCCGGCGGGGUGCCUUCGGCACCGGCCGGGGUCCUGUCUGGCCGGCCACCUGGGAGGGCGGACUCGACGGUUCAAGGCUUGCGAAUCGACCGCUCAGAUUCCCACCAUAUGACACGGGCGACGGCACCAAAGUUUGAGGAGAGGCCUGAAUGCAGAGAAGCGGUGGGCGCCCUUCGAGAGCCCGGGGUCUCCCAGGCAGCCAUCCUGGACUGCCUGGAUACUUUGUACUCUCAAUAUGGCCGGGAGGAGGCAUGGACGACAAUCAAGGCCCAGAACUACAAGAAAGUAAGGGAGCUUUUGGAGGGCAAGCAAUCAAAGAAGGCCAAGCUCAUGGAUACGGAUGGGGCCAAGAGUGGUCCCAGCGAGGCGCAGCUGGCAGAGGCGGAGGUGCUGUGCGACCUUAUGGCAGUCCCAUUGGAGUAUUUGCGCCGUGUACUCGCAGAGAUAUAUCAGAACUAUGGAGGCCUGCCUGGGGUGUGGGAUCUCAUCAAGGGCAGUGAUCAGGACCCAGACGGCCUUUGGGCUGAGGUCAUCAAGUACAUUGAUCAGGACCCAACUCGACCCAGCCCUCCCGCACAAGUUUCGUUUGAACUGCCAUUCGACUGGCCGCCUCAGCCCAGCGGUGGAUCCGUUCCUUCCAGGGGUACAACCAGCCCCAGGCGCCCCACCCAUUCCGAAACCGGCAAUCAUCCUGAACGCUCUUCCAGUCACUCUUCCGCGGAACCGCUCAAACGAGCUGCUAGACCCCUCUCGCCCCGGGGUCACACAAACGGGCUGCACAGAAAGGGCGGUCUGCCAGAACCGGUACCAAGUGCGACUCCUGACCAGCAGGCUGUGAUUGAUGACGUCACCCGACAGGCGGCGCGCAUAGUGUCCCCUCACGGCCUCCGGUCCCCCCACCUGUCCGACAUAGUCUCUCCGUCCUUGCGGGGCGAACCAGCCCUCCCCUCUCACCCUCCAGAUCCCCAGUCGUCAAAUGGCCCCCUGCUAGACAGCACACCGAACUCGGUCGGGGCCACCUCGGGAAGAUGGGAGAAACACCGGCGGGGCGCCCAGUUGCUGGAGUCGACGAGCAGCCUCCCGCAGCACGCGUCGCUAGUGAAGAAGAGCCAGGAAGCCACGGAGGAAUCGCAGCGGAAGCGGAGGCGCGCGCUCGAGCACCAAGCGGAGCUGCCCGCGAAAGCGGGCGCAUUGCGGCCGGGUCAGCAGAGCGUGGAUGGGGCUGCGUCUGCGGACGUGCCAGAAAGAAGAGAAGGUAGCGGGGCAGAGAAGGCUUUUGAUAAAGCGGGCGCCGGCCCGCAGGCAGUGUCAGCAGGGGGCUCAAAACGGAUGGAAGUGGAGCGCGAUGUAUGUGGUAACUCUGCGGGGCUGCGGAGCCCAACAAGAGGCCCGGAGGGGUCCCGAGGCGGAGCGCUAGAGCAGGCGCUGAAAAAACUGCACGAAGUAGGGUCGAGCCAACCUGGAGGGUUGGAAAGACCCGGUUACAACGGGGGGCAGCAAGCGGGUGUCGAAAGAGGAGGCGCCACCUUGGGGGAGCCCUUUCUUGGAGGUAGGAAUGAAGCCGACGACUCGGUUGCACUGAGAAGGGAGGGCUUGUCGUUAGAAAAUAGGAAGGCGGACGGUUUAGAAUCCGCCGCUCACAGGGGAGGAGAGCUCAGUCGUAAAGUAGCUAACGGGGAAGUUAUGUUACAGAGAAAAUCAGAGGAGCAGCCUUUGGGGGUGAGAGCGGGUUCUGUUGAAAGCAAUGCGCUUUUGAGUCGGGAGAACCACGCCCUUGCCCCGGCACAGGAGGCCAGAGGAGCGGACGCGGGUGAAGGAAGCGGGUUCGGCAUGGAGGAGGAGGGAGGAAGGAGGAAGCUGAAGCGGAUCCGGAAAGUAGGGGAGACAACGCCGGCAGUACGUACGACGGUUAUGGUGGAAAGAGAGAUCAAGCCGGCAGAAAAGCGCUUCGUUGAAAAGCAGAGCGGUCGGGAAGCGGGGGAUAAGGGCUAUGGAGGAGACGAGAAAGGCGCGGUGGGAGUCGGGAUUGAAGAACCAGCGAAAGCCAACAAGGAGAUCUGGGGUCCGGGGAUGGAGUCGAAGCCGCGCACCAGCAAGCACAAGAGCCUGAACGCGAUAGUCAAGGCGUCGGACAAAAAAAAGCGCGACGAGAAGAAGGGGCCGCAUAAAGCAGGCAGGGUGGAAGAGAGACGGGCGGCGCCUUUAGCAGAUGUGAGGUGCAUUGCAAUCAAGGAUGAAGGCGUCGAGCGUGGAACGGGUGUGCAUGCAACUGGUGACAACGGCCUGAAAAAGUGGCAGGGGGGGGUUGGGGCGACUGCUCUUGUGGAGGGGGAGGGCACUGGGGCUGGAGCAGAACGGGUCGUGUCGGAGGACGUUUCCCGGGGGCUGGAAAGGCACAAGAUCCGCUGUGUGAACGGGGUAAACGACGAAGGGCUUCCCAAAGGGUUUCGCUACAUGCGGGAGUCAAGGGUCUACGAGGACGCCCAGCCGCAUGCUCCGAGCUGCUUGGCCCUGCUACCUGACAACGCGCAGUGCGACUGCGAGGGAAACUGCCUGGAUGCCGAAGUCCCCUGCGGCUGCACGGUCGACACGCGCGGAUGCUACGCUUAUAACAAGAACGGCUGCCUCGACGGCGCCUUCCUCCAGAAACAGAUGGACAUGAUGUUCUGUCCCGGCGUCUGCCUCACCCAGAAGGCUAAGAUGAAGCCAGAGGAGCGGCUCACGCAGACUGUGCCCCCCUGUGAGGGCCACCGCAUGUUCAUCAAGGAGUGCUCCAUCAAGUGCCUCUGUCACACCUCGUGCGGCAACCGGGUGGUCCAGCGGGGCAUCGCGGUCAAGCUGGAGGUCUUUUGGGCGGUGGGCAAAGGGUGGGCCGUGCGGUGCCUACAAGACCUUCCCGCGGGCACUUUCGUCUGCGAGUAUGUGGGGGAGAUACUAACGACGGACGAACUGGACACGAGAAACCGGGCACUGGGAAACGAGAAGAAGCACUUCCCAACCGAGCUGAAUGCGUGCCCGGUCACUGAGGACUGCAUCGACAACAAAACGGGGCUGUGCCUGGACGCCACAAAGCUAGGGAACGUCGCCAGGUUCUUCAACCAUCGGUGUGAGGACGCAACGCUGAUCGACGUCCCAGUGGAGAUCGAGGGGCCGAAACACAACUACUACCAUCUCGCAUUCUUUACAAACUGCUUCGUGGAGGCCGGGACCGAGCUGACGUGGGACUACGGCAUAGACUUCGAAGACGAAAACCAUCCUAUCAAGGCCUUCGAGUGCCACUGCGGGAGCGCCCUAUGCGGGGGAAAGCUGACGGCCAUGCAGCCAGGCUUGUAGAUCUGUAGCCAGGAACGUUUCAACGGAAGAUUAGAGUGGUGACAAGGAUCACGUCGGAGCGACCUCUAUACUGGUACUGGCGGACGCCUCGUGAUGCCCGGGUGUCAAGCAGGUGUAUAUAACGAGAUCCCUCCAUCGAUCUGUAGAGCGCUGCCUCUGGGAAGGCACAGUGCAUAGGAUUCAGAUUACACGGAGUCGAAAUGCUCUCAAUGGUCUUGUCAAGGUGCGUCGCUUUUAUAUUGGGCUUUGAAUUGAUCAGUCGCGCACAGCCUAUUAAGACCCUCUUUGUUUUUGAGGUCUGAAGUGAAGGUCGACAUGCGCGCCUCCUUCCAUAACGAGAGAGCUACAGAGUCCUCAAGCAAGCUUCAAGUUAGUGCCACCGGCUGAGGUUGAUCGUGUUGUCUAAGGCAUUGUUGGAUGUUGC